AUGGUUGACUCCGAGGUGUUAAAAUGCCAAAACUGUCACAUCCCAUUAGAAUUGGACUCCUCUUUGAUGAAUUUAACGCUUGCUCAGCGAAAUUUGUUACUUAGUUCAGCUACUGAGCCCACCUCAUCAGGGGUUCAAAUACCCCCAGAACGCUUGAAACGGCUAAAUGGUAUUAAGAAAGUUAACGAACUCAACUUUCAACCCUCCGUACUCAACAACCUUGACUCCUACGUUUUUUUGAAUGGCGAUUCGAGUACGUUGCAGACCACUCAACUGGACGUGGAGUCCGGAGACGAGGGGGACGAAGACUUGACCUCAAAGACGCUAAGCUCUCGCAUCAGCACACUGCGCAACAUCUUUAAUAUUCUAUCCGCGAAGAGUAACAUAGAAUACCCAGUUUGCCAAGAUUGCUGUGACCUACUUAUACAAAAGCUGAAGAGCGAUUACGAGGAUGGGUUGAAAGAACGCGACACAUAUUCCGACUUUUUAAAUAGGCUCAAUAAGCAGAGAGAUCUGGAAAAUGAUGGAAGUGAAGGGCAUGAAGAAUCCUUAGUGGAUGAGAGGGAGGAAGCAGAUAGGGAACAGGAAGAUUUGCUACGCGAAUUGGAAGCUUUGGAGGAAGAAGAGGGUACCUUAGACUCUACGAUAGAGGAACUGGAAAAGCAGCUGUUGCUAAAGAAGGAAAUGGAAAUGAAGGAGCUACAGCAACGAAACAUACAGGAUCUGGAAAAACUGGACUUUUCUAGGGAAUUGCAAUCUCUAAAAAACCAACACGAAUAUACACUAAACAGCCUCGAUAGACUAAGAAAACUCAAUGUUUUCAAUGAAGCAUUCCGAAUAUCGCAUGAUGGACCCUUUGGGACUAUUAAUGGCCUUCGGAUGGGUGGACUCGACGAAAUUCCCGUUCCAUGGCAGGAAGUUAAUGCAGCAUUAGGUCAGUUGGUUUUACUACUUGCCACAAUUUGCACUCGACUGCACUUUAAAUUAGCUGGCUUUAUCGUGCGCCCUAUGGGAUCUUUCUCCAAAAUUGAACAGCUUGAUCCGAAAACUCAAGAAUGGCAUAGUUACGACGCCUUUAACAGUGGCAGCUUCAAAUUAGGGCGCCUGUUUCACAAGGAAACCAGUUUUGACCGCGCUAUGGUCUCAAUAAUGGAUAUCAUUGGUCAAAUUACAUCACAUCUUUCGCGUGGAAGAAGUAUGGAGUCCGAUGAGAUAGAAUUACCCUACGCCAUGGUUGCUGAAAAAAUUAACGGAAUGCCGAUAAAACUGGGUGGGAACAAACCAAAUUCCGAGUGGACAACUGCCUGUAAGUUCUUAUUAACUAACGCUAAGUGGUUGUUAGCAUUUUCGUCAACAAUGAUCAGUAUACCCCAGGAGCAAUGA